AAAAAUAGACACCUUUUGGAAGCUACAAUGUCUUUAAUGUUUCAGAUGCAUGUUUCAAAAAUUUAUUGGUUUGAAGCUGCUGUAACUACUUGCUAUUUGAUUUACAGACUCUUAAGGAUAAAUCUCCCAUUAAAAUUUUGAAAAAAUAGAAAAAUUGAUUUGUCCUAUUUGUGAGUUUUUGAUACGUGUCUUAUGUUCAUGUGGCUGGGCAUAACCGGGAUAAACUUGAUAAACGUUCCAGUAGAUGUAUCAUUCUUAGAUACUCAUCUACUCAAAAAAGAUACAAAUGUUAUGUUCCCACAACUAGAAAAAUGCAUAUUUCUAAAUAUGUUCAAUUUGUUGAAACAUAUUCCUAUUUCCAUGACACAUUGGAGAGUGGUUUAGAAAGUAGGACUCUGGGGGAGUGUUCAAGAGGUUGUUUGCCCUUGUCUAAUAUUAAUACCAGUGAUGUGUCUAACACAUCUGGAACAAGUUAUGACAAUCAAACCGAAGUUGAAGAAAGUCAAGAUGAUCAAGCCGAAGUUGAAGAUACUUCUGAAACUCACAAAGCUGGCUUAAAAGAGAAAGACUCCAUCAUGGCCCCACCUCGAUCCCCUCUCGCGCAGUUAAUUGUGGAUGGUCUCUGCAUCAGAUGGAUGUUCAAAGUACUUUCAUACAUGGUAACCUUCAAGAAGAUGUCUAUACGAGUCUUCAUCCGGGCCAUUCUAAAGAAAAGGAGGAAUGUCUUGUAAGCAAAUUAAAGAAGGCUUUGUAUGGACUAAACAAUCACCUCGCGCAUGAUAUGCCAAACUCUGCUCAGCAUUAACAAGUAUCGGGCUCAGCAUUAACAAGU